GAAGAUUGAGAAGCUCACCAUGGCAUUGCCUAUCGCUUCUUCUGCGCUAUCGAACUUUCCUCCGGCACCAGUUAAAGCUCCAAGGGAAGCGCCUCAAAACCCUUUAUCAGGAAGCUUCACAUUAAAAUGUAAACCAUUAAGAAGCGGCAUGGUUAAUGCAACUAAAGGAGUAGCCAGUGUUUGUGAACCCCUUCCUCCCGAUAGACCUCUCUGGUUUCCAGGUAGUUCACCUCCUCCGUGGCUUGAUGGAAGUCUUCCAGGAGACUUCGGCUUCGAUCCUCUCGGACUGGGUUCUGAUCCUGAGCUUCUCCGGUGGUUUGCUCAAGCUGAACUAAUGCAUUCUAGAUGGGCAAUGCUGGCCGUUGCCGGAAUCCUCAUCCCUGAGUGGCUGGAGAAGUUAGGGUUCAUAGAAAAUUUCUCGUGGUUUGAUGCUGGUGCGCAGGAAUACUUCGCGGACCCGAUGACCUUGUUUCUGGUCCAAUUGGUUUUGAUGGGCUGGGUUGAGGGAAGAAGAUGGGCUGACCUAAUCAACCCUGGUUGUGUGGAUAUCGAACCAAAGUUUCCUAAUAGGAAGAACCCAAAACCUGAUGUUGGGUACCCAGGUGGGUUGUGGUUCGACCCGAUUAUGUGGGGUAGGGGUUCUCCAGAGCCGGUGAUGGUACUGAGGACUAAAGAGAUUAAGAAUGGUCGUCUUGCAAUGCUAGCUUUCGUGGGCUUUUGCUUCCAGGCUAUUUAUACAGGACAAGGCCCAAUUGAAAACUUGAUGGCCCAUAUUGCUGAUCCAGGACACUGCAACAUUUUCUCGGCUUUCACUUCACACUAACAUGUUAAUUGGAGCAAGAGAAUAAGAAGCCUGGAGUGACUUGU